ACUCAGGUCCUCCCGAAUCUAGGGCCGGUGCUCUAUCCACCGCACCACCUAGCUGCCCCUAAGCCUUGACUCUUGAAGCACCCAUCAUGUACUAUUCCUUUCAGCUGAAGAGCAUAGUGUGUUUUGCCUUCCUUCAUUGUUAGUACCCCUGUGAGGUAGGGGGCCAUUAUUAACGACAUUUGACAACAAGAAAUGUAAUAGUAAGGCAGAGAAAGGUCAGUCUCCAGUGUUACAGGACUGUUCAAGUGGGAAGAAGUUGGGAUGGAGCCCCUAGAUGGACAGCUUCUAGGACUUGAGUAUUUCAUGGCUCACCACUUUUCUUAGGAUGUGUUUUUAUUGUCUUACAAAAGCCUAUAAUGGCAUUUAUUUAGUUAUAGUGACUAGUUUUGUAGUACCUGGGUCACAGGAAAAAGAAAUGGAAUCCUAAAAUCUUUGACUCUGUCUAUGUAAUCUCUCUAUGUAAUACCUUCUGUCCCAUACUUCUCAGUUGUUCUUUUUCCUGACUUGCCAGCAUGCCCUUGGCCUUUCUUGCUUUGAGUAUCAGCCAGUCUCUAAAGCUUUUGCCAGACCAGGACCACAAUAUUUCCAUUUCGUAGGCAAGGACAGGUAGGAUUAUGCUAGCUUGUUGUGGUCCCCAGAUGCCUUUUUCUCAGCUAUUAAUAGCCAAACGGCCAUGUUUGAAUAAGGUGGUCUUGUAUUAUGUAAAAGAGAAAGAAUCAGAAUCAGUCUGUCCUGUUUCAAAAUGAGGAAAUAAUUAUAGGCAAUUCUAUAAUUAUUCAUUGACAUAUUAUUCAUUGACAUUUAUUACUGUAAUCUGUUCAGAUUUCAGCUGUAGCUGGACACACCCAGUACUUUCAUAUAGAAGUGUGACUCCUUACAGUAGGAUUGAGUGUUUGGAUAAAUAAUACUUUCUUUAAAGUUAAUCAUAGGUCUUACCUUCCUACUAUAGAAUCUUUUCCACUGUACUUUGCCUGGAGGAGUAGAUUGAUUUAUUUGCUUAUUUAUUUUAAAUAGUGAAAUCUCUGAAGAAAGCAGUCUGCCUGGGGUCUUCUCCUAGGUCAGGAGGACCAGAAGAUAAAGGAAUGUAAGCUUUUCCUGGCAGAAUUAAUUUGUUUAAGUAUGCUAGCCCAGGAUAGCAGGAAGAGAAGUUGUGCAAAAUCGACUCUUGUCCACUCUUGAGAAUGCCCUUGGCUCCCCGUCUUGUUUCGGUUUGGAAUGUAGCAAUGCAUGAAGACCUUUGAGCCCACUUGGUGCUAAUUAGCUGAACUGUUCCAUCUCUUGGUAGGAAGCCCUGUGCUUAUCCACUAUUUGGAAAGGGGAACAGGUAUUUGCUGGGCUGGAGGAGCAAGCCCGACAGGCGAUGAUGAAAACUGAUUUUCCUGGAGAUCUUGGCAAUCAGCAUCCAGCUAUCCAACAACUGAGAGAUCAGGCCUCCAGUAGCAGCGACAGUGAGGGGGACGAAGAGGAAACCACACAAGACGAAGUCUCUUCCCACACGUCCGAGGAGGAUGGCGGGAUGGUGAAAGUGAAAAAGGAGCUAGAGAACGCAGAGCAGAGUGUUGGAGGGAAUGAGGUGAUAGGGGAGCACGAGGUCUCUGAACAUUUGAAUUCUGACCCCAUGCUUGGCCUCUGUCAGUGUCCCCUUUGCCAGUUGGACUGUGGUAGCCGAGAACAACUCAUUGCUCAUGUAUACCAGCACACUGCAGCGGUGGUGAGUGCCAAGAGUUACGUGUGUCCUGUGUGUGGUCGAGCCCUUAGCUCCCCGGGGUCCCUAGGCCGCCACCUCCUCAUCCACUCUGAGGACCAGCGCUCCAACUGCGCGGUAUGUGGAGCCCGUUUCACCAGCCAUGCCACCUUCAACAGUGAAAAGCUUCCAGAAGUACUGAAUAUGGAAUCUGUACCCCCCAACCACAGUGAAGGUCCCUCCAACGCAGAGGGGAAGGACAUUGCCUUCAGUCCCCCCGUGUACCCUGCUGGAAUCCUGCUGGUAUGCAACAACUGCGCUGCUUACCGCAAGCUGCUAGAAGCCCAGGCGCCUGGGGUCCGCAAGUGGGCUCUGCGGCGGCAGAACGAGCCCCUGGAAGUUCGGCUGCAGAGGCUGGAACGUGAGCGCACAGCCAAGAAGAGCAGGAGGGACAACGAGACCCCUGAGGAACGGGAGGUGAGGCGUAUGCGGGACCGGGAGGCGAAGCGUCUGCAGCGCCUGCAGGAGACUGAUGAGCAGCGGGCACGCCGCCUGCAGCGGGACCGAGAAGCCAUGAGACUCAAACGCGCCAAUGAAACUCCGGAGAAGCGGCAGGCCCGGCUUAUCCGGGAGCGCGAAGCCAAGCGGCUAAAGCGGCGGCUAGAGAAAAUGGACAUGAUGUUGCGAGCUCAGUUCGGUCAGGACCCCUCUGCCGUGGCAGCUUUGGCAGCUGAGAUGAGCUUCUUUCAGCUGCCGGUGGGCAGUGUAGAGCUGGAGAGUCAGCUUCUGGGCAAGGUUGCCUUUGAGGAGCAGAACAGCAGCUCCCUGCACUGACCAGACCGGGUCCACACUGGCCAACACGGACCAGUACUCUGCCUGCCUGCAAGCCUCCAUCCCCACUGCCGGGGAGGUUCCUGGGUUCAGACCCGGCUUAGCUCAUGCCGUCACAUGUGCACUGAAGCUUCCCUUGCAUGCUGGAGGAAAAUGGGGACAAAGGUGGCUGGCUUAGGCGGCCCCGGAGGGAGCAGGCACUCCAGACAACUAGAUUCCCAAGCCAUGGUUGCAGGACAUUAGUGCUCUGCAAGCUAGGUAAAGCCCCGACUUCAGAAGGGCAAAUAAAUUAAUUUUAUCUUUACUAA